AUGUUUGUGUCGCGUCGGUCAAUUCAACUACAGCGGUGCGCAUCUCAUCGCGGGCUGGCGACGGCGGCGCUGAGUCGCUUCGAACCGGAGAAGCGUGUGGACUUUGGUAAAUUCACAUCCAAGAUUCGAACUUUACGUGAGAGGUUAAAGCGACCAUUAACCUACGCAGAGAAGGUCCUGUAUAGCCAUCUCGAUGACGAAUUCGACCAGGAUAUCGUUCGGGGCCAGACGCAGUUACGGCUCCGUCCUGUCCGUAUUGCCUGCCAGGAUGCCACCGCGCAGAUGGCCCUGAUACAGUUCAUGUCAGCCGGUAUGGACACAGCUGCAGUGCCUACAACUGUGCAUUGUGACCACCUGAUCGUGAGUCGUGAUGGGGAAGGCCAAGACCUCCCGCGAGCGCUAGAGGCACACCGUGAAGUAUAUGACUUUAUGGGCAGUGCUUGUCAGAAGUAUGGAAUGGGGUUCUGGAAGCCUGGGGCGGGUAUUAUUCACCAGAUUGUGCUGGAGAACUACGCUUAUCCAGCCGGUAUGAUGGUUGGUACUGAUUCUCACACGCCUAACGCGGGUGGAAUGGGCAUGGUUGCUAUCGGUGUUGGGGGUGCAGAUGCUGUUGAUGUUAUGGCCGGUCUGCCGCUCGAAUUGACAGCACCUAGAGUACUUGGUGUACGACUCCACGGCGCAUUGUCUGGAUGGGCGUCGCCCAAGGAUAUUAUCAACAAGCUUGCCGGCCUUAUCUCUGUCAAGGGUGGGACUGGGUCUAUUAUUGAGUACUUUGGACCCGGUACACAGACCCUGUCCGCAACGGGGAUGGCCACGGUGUGCAAUAUGGGCGCUGAGACUGGUGCUACAACCUCGAUAUUUUCCUAUUCCCCCUCCAUGGGCCAGUAUCUACGUGCCAACAGGCGCCCUGAUAUGGCCGCAGCUGUGGAUGGGAUUGCAAAUGAGCUCCAAGCUGAUGCAGGGGCGGAAUAUGACCAGGUCAUCGAUAUUGAUCUGUCAACACUCGAGCCCCUGGUCAAUGGACCCUUCACCCCUGACCUGUCUACUCCCAUUUCAGAGUUUGGUGCGGCUGCAGAGGAAAAUAAGUGGCCAUCCUUGACAGCAGGCCUGAUUGGGUCUUGUACCAACUCAUCAUUCCAAGACUUGGCUAGGGCAGCGAGCGUUGCUCAGCAAGCACUCGACGCUGGGAUUAAACCUGCCAUGCCAUUACUGCUGUCCCCGGGUAGCCUGCAAACACGCCAUACACUAGAGAAAGCCGGUAUUCUGCAGGUGUUUGAGAAGGCUGGAGCCACUAUGCUCCCCAAUGCUUGUGGACCGUGCUGCGGGUCCUGGGAUCGCACUGAUAUGAAGAAGGGAACUGAAAACUCCAUCAUCACCUCAUAUAAUCGUAACUUCUCUGGGCGCCUCGACAGCAAUCCAGCUACGCACGUCUUUCUCGCCUCUCCUGAGAUUGUCAUGGCUAAAGUCUUCUCCAAAGACCUAGGCUUCAAUCCAACAAGUGACACUCUGAACACACCAUCGGGAAAAAGAUUCCAGUUUAAUACUCCAAGCGGAGAGACCCUCCCAAGCGAAGGGUAUCUGGACUCGGAUAGAGCAUACAUUCCACCUCCGUCUGGCGAUCGCUCCAAGCUAGAAGUCGAUAUCCACCCCAGCUCCCAGCGUCUUCAGAAGCUGACGCCUUUCAGCCCUUGGUCGGGGAAAGACUUCAACGAUUGCCUGGUGCUUAUCAAGACCAAGGGCAAAUGCACAACAGACCAUAUCACACCUGCCGGCCCGUGGUUUCGAUUCCGCGGACACCUGGAAAACAUCUCUAACAACACACUCAUCGGCGCCGUAAACGCCGAAACGGGGAAUGUAAACAAGGUCCGCAAUCAACUCACGAACACAGAUGGAGAUGUCCCGGGUACAGCACGACACUACCAAUCCCAGGGUCGACAGUGGGUUGUGAUAGCCGACCAUAACUAUGGGGAAGGGUCAUCCCGUGAACAUGCUGCGCUCCAGCCGCGAUAUCUGGGAGGUGUGGUUAUUAUAGCGAAGAGCUUUGCACGUAUUCACGAGGCAAAUUUGAAGAAACAGGGGAUGCUGGCUGGGACUUUUACUGAUGAGGCAGAUUAUGAUCAGAUUCGGACUUCGGAUUUGAUCAGUAUAGUUAAGCUGGGACAGUUCGCACCAGCGAGACCAUUAACCAUGAAGGUUACUCCUACUGAUGGGCGAGAGGCUUGGGAGACAUCAUUGAAGCAUACGUUUACGCAGGAGCAGAUCGAAUAUUUCAAAGCCGGAAGUGCGCUCAACUUGAUGGCCAAGGGAAUAUGA